UUUACAAUUCUCAUUUUUUACUUAAAUCGCAUAGAAGCCCAGAAGAAGAAAAUUGAUCAGAAUUCAGAAUAAAAAAUUGAGUUUCAGAAGAGGAAUAUAAAAAAUGAGCGAUUUUGUUUUUUUUUAUUAAUUUAAAGGAGUGGCUUAAAUGAGAUUUUUUUCAUUGAUGAUCAGUAUUUUUUUGGUCUUGAACUGAAAUAAAUAGCACAAUUUUGUUUAAGUAUGUAGGAUAAUUUAAAUUUUUUGUACUGUAAUACAAAAUUAUUAAAUAAAAUAUGGAAAUUGAUGAUACAAGUGAACUAAGACGCAUUCUUGGUAAUUUAUGUGAUGAAAAAGGAAUAUUUUUUAAAGUAUCUGAUGAUGAUGACUCAGACAAUAAUAGCAAUUCUGAUGAUGAUUGUGGUUCAGAAUCUGGAUCUUCAUUAUCAGAUUCGUCAUCCGAUAAUAUUAUUGAUUUUGUCAAAUAUUUAUUUGAUGGUUCAGCACGAAGCGGUAUAACAGAUUCAAUUUACAUCGAUGGACCAUUAAUAUCCGUUCGUAAUGUGCUUUAUUCAAUAAAUAAAAAUAAUAUGAAAAUGUUAUCGUCAAAUAUCAGAAAAGUUGUUAAGAAACAUGGCAAAGAUAGCUUUUUAUGGAUUUUGAAAAGCCCUACGAUACAAAAUGAGAGUUUAAAAGAUUUAAUACGAUUUUUACAAAAAAAUUUAGGACUUAAAAUUGUUAAAUAAAAUUGAUGAAUAUAUGUACAUACAUACAUACAUAAUUU